AAGCCCCAACCCGGAAGCAGCUGCGCAGGCGCAGUGGGAGCGGGGCAGCAUGGCGUCCCAGGCCAAGAAGCGCGCCCUGGGCAGUCGGCACCCGCGGCCUCCGGGAGCUGGGGCCGACGAGGAGCGCGAGGAGACGGCGGAGGACACCGACGAGAGCGGCGACGAGAGCAGUGGCAGUGACGAGGAGGACGAAGAAGACGAGCUUGUCAACCAGGAAGUGAAUGUUGAAUUUGAAGCUCAUUCUAUCUCGAGUGAUGACUUUGACGGAAUAAAGAAAUUACUGCAACAGCUUUUCCUGAAGGCUGCUGUGAAUAUUGUGGAGCUCACCAAUCUCUUAAUUCAGCAGAACUACAUUGGGAGCGUCAUUAAGCAAACAGAUGUUCCAGAAGAAAGUGAUGAAGAGGAUGGUGAAGAAGAGGAGAUUUUUGGUUUCAUAAGCCUCUUGAAUUUAACAGAAAGAAAGGGCACCGAAUGUGCUGAACAAAAAGAGUUGAUUCUGAGCCUCUGUGAGAAGGAUAUGGUUGAACAGCUGCAUAAGCUCUUCAGUGAUCCCACUAAGCCUGUGGGCCUCCUGCUAAGUGAAAGAUUCCUCAACGUCCCACCCCAGAUCGCUCUGCCCAUGCACCAGCAGCUCCAGAAGGAGCUUGCGGAGUCGCGCCAGGCCAAUCAGCCGUGUGGCAAGUGCUACUAUUACCUUAUGAUCAGUAAGACGUUCCAGGAGGCCUCGAGGAAUUCCAGAAACAAAGGGAACGCGCCACAGAAAGAAGAACUGAUGUUUGCCAACGCAGAGGAGGAGUUUUUCUAUGAGAAAGCGCUCCUCAAAUUCAGCUACUCGGUGCAGGAGGAGAGUGACCUGGCUUUGGGAGGCAGGUGGUCUUUUGAUGACUUGCCCAUGAAGCCCCUGCGGACGGUGAUGGUCAUUCCAGCGAGCAAGAUGAGUGCGGUCAUGGAGACACUGAAGGAGUACCUAUCCAUCUAACCUACUUUCUGUGGACAGCGAGUGGCUUGUUUGCACAAGGCUUUCUGAUAAACUCAUUGGAGAUGUAAUGGUUUUUGAAAACAACUCCUGGUGUGUGUAAUGCCAUAUAUAACGGAUGGCUCAGUCACCGUGGCCUUAAUAGGUUUUUUAAUUUUUUCAUUUUGGUCAAAUGUACCUUGGACUUAUGAAUCAUUCAUUAAAAGCCCAUUACUUCAAAAGAAAACCGAACACAUGGGUUAGGAAUUUUAAAAACUGAGCAGCAACUGUGUAUUGUGGUUGCUUUAAUGAUGUACAGAAUGUGUUAUUUGUACAAAAUUAUCUUGGCUGGGCAAUUUGUCUUGCCUCCUGUUCAAUCUCUGUACAUCUUUCACGUUGACAAACCAUUACAAUGAUUAACUUUGGGCUGUUUAUUGCA